AAAACAAGAAACUUCAUGUUACGAGUGUGUAAGGAUCCAAUCCCUCGGCGGAUACGUGUCUUGCAGUCAGAGCAUCCUUCCGUCAUGGCGUCUGUUUGGGCUAAAUCCUUCGCUCAUCUGCCGGUCCUGUCUGUUGUUUUGCUCCUGGUGCUAUGCCUGCCGCCCGGGGGAGGACAAAAGAAGAAGGAGAAUCUACUGUCAGAGAAGGUUGACCAGAUGAUGGAGUGGUCCUCUCGGCGUUCAGUCGUCCGGAUGAACGGGGACAAGUUCCGUCGCUUCGUCAAGGCCCCACCCAGGAACUACUCUGUCAUCGUCAUGUUCACUGCCCUGCAGCCUCAAAGGCAGUGUUCUGUCUGCAGGCAGGCGAAUGAGGAGUAUCAGGUCCUGGCAAACUCGUGGCGUUACUCAUCUGCAUUUUCCAACAAGCUCUUCUUCACGGUUGUGGACUACGAUGAGGGAGCUGAUGUUUUCCAACAGUUGAACAUGAACAGUGCUCCAACCUUCAUGCAUUUCCCGGCUAAGGGAAAGCCAAAGAGGGCUGAUACAUUUGACCUGCAAAGGAUUGGCUUCGCUUCGGAGCAGCUAGCCAAGUGGAUUGCAGACCGCACAGAUGUGCAGAUUCGUGUCUUCCGUCCUCCUAAUUAUUCAGGGACUAUUGCUCUGGCUCUGUUAGUGUCUCUGGUUGGAGGUCUGCUGUAUCUGAGGAGGAACAACUUGGAAUUCAUAUACAACAAGACUGGAUGGGCCAUGGCUGCACUGUGUGUAGUUUUUGCGAUGACAUCCGGUCAGAUGUGGAAUCACAUCAGAGGUCCUCCCUAUGCCCACAAAAACCCCCAGAAUGGACAAGUGAGUUAUAUUCAUGGCAGCAGUCAGGCUCAGUUUGUGGCUGAGUCUCACAUCAUCCUUCUUCUGAAUGCUGCAAUCACCAUGGGGAUGGUGCUGCUAAAUGAGGCUGCCACCUCCAAGGGAGACGUUGGCAAGAGGAGAAUCAUCUGCCUGGUUGGCCUUGGCCUGGUGGUGUUUUUCUUCAGCUUCCUGCUCUCCAUUUUCAGGUCCAAGUACCAUGGAUACCCCUACAGCUUCCUUAUUAAGUGAAAAAAAAGACCGAAGAGGAGGGCAGAGGAUGGCGAAGAGGCAGUAGGUGAGGAGAGGAGGAGUCGAGAAGAUUUUUGAAGAGGAGGCAGUGUCACUAUUGAGUCUAGAGUGCAUGGUGGGGUUUCUUUUUUUGCGUGUUGUUUUUUUUUAUUGGCUGCUAUCAUAAACUCUGCAAGCUGAAUAUAAACUAAAUUAUUCCUUCUUACACUGGAAAAUAAAGGUGUUUGGCAUGUCUCUGUAUUUUUGUCAUUUCCUUUUAGUGGUUGAAUAUUCUGUGUGGGUAGAUACGCUGACCUGUGACUGUGGUAUGCUGUUUUUUAAUCCAUGUAUUGCAGUUGAUGUAUGAAAACUGUGUUACAGGUGAAUGGAGAGUAAGAGACAAUUGGAGUCACAGAGAGUGAAGUGGGUGUUGAGAGAACGGGAAGUGAAACCGCAGGUUAGAAGAUGGUUAAUGUGGUAAAAGUUGAACACAGAAGCAGAGUUUCAUGAUUAGUUAGUAUGAAAAGUUAUUAACCAGGUGUAAAAUCUCUUUCCAAGUCCUUGUCACAUCUUUGUCUCUUAUGGUGACAACACAUAUGGAGCUUUUGAAGAAGCACUGAUAAAGAUGCUAAUCUGUAGCUUGUAAAUUCCUGCUUCAGCUUCUGCUGUAGAUUUGGAGCUCAGAAUUAAUAUAGCUAAAAUAUGAAUGACUCAAACAAUGAACAGUGUACAGAUUUAUACAGAGAUAUUGGAAUAAAUCCAGUCAUUUAUCAUAGGUUGUAGGGCUUUCACUGAUUACCUAAGUAAUAUUUUGUUUGUGUCUGACAUUCGGGCUUUACUCAGACUGCAAGUUUACACCUUCUGGUGCCAGACUCUGUGGUUGCUACAAAUUUUCUUGGACCAGGACCAACAUAUGUUCUUCUCCUUUGUCCACUUUCAUGUUAUACAGUUUGUGUCUGCAAAUUGUUCACUCCCAAAGUCUUUUAACUGGAUAUAUAUUGUAUUUUCAACAGACAACUCAAUUAUAUUUCAUGUUAUGCAGCUUCGAUGAGGUUAGGCAAAGAUUGUGGGACACAAUAUGGGCACAAACCCAAGAUGUGAGUGUUUGACAAAAACACUUUUAAUUCAUACUCCACAGUCUUACAUUUUGCUGCACUAAAUGAACAUUCACUUCUCCCUGUACUGGCACAGGAACUUAAAUCACUGAUGCGAAAUAGUAGCACAUAAACUGAGUUCACAGGAGACUGGCUGCGUGUACUGUAACUUUCCUUGCUGAAUGUGACAAGCAUAGGUCAUUUAGAGAAUACAUACAUUUCUAAUUCUUUCACUUGUGGACUGCCCACUAAAACAAUGAGUGGGCUGGAGUAUUGAAACAAUUUAUGUAACCUGCUGUUCGUGGGCAGGCAGAGGAAUGGUGCUGCACAUAGACCAGUUUUGACAAAUGUAAUAAAAAUAUUCCCACUCAGA